CGGAGCACCCUCGGAGCACCUCGGGUAGCGCGUAGCUCAGGGAGGAAAGGGCUGUUAACAGCGGGGGGCGCCCGGUAGUGCGCAGGCGCCUCAGGAAGAGCUCGGUCUGGCUCCUGCGCCUUCAGGUCUCCGUCGCUCCCAAGACCCCGGAGCGCCGGGUUCCGCGCGCGCCGGGUUCCGCGUGCUGCAGAGAAGCGGCGGCAGCGGGAACCCUGACUGCCCUCCAUCAGCAUGUUCACUAUGAAGUUAUUGCUGGUAUUUUUGUUUUCUGGACUUAUAACUGGUUGUAGAGGGAACUCUUCCUGUACUUUGCCACCCAAGUUACUACUGGUAUCCUUUGAUGGCUUCAGAGCUGACUAUCUACACAACUAUGAAUUUCCUCAUCUCCAGAAUUUUAUCAAAGAAGGUAUCUUGGUAGAGCAGGUUAAAAAUGUCUUUAUCACAAAAACAUUUCCAAACCACUACAGCAUCGUGACAGGCCUGUAUGAAGAAAGCCAUGGCAUUGUGGCUAAUUCCAUGUAUGAUGUCAUCACAAAGAAACAUUUUUCUGACAUUAAUGACAAGGAUCCUUUUUGGUGGAAUGAGGCAGUCCCUAUUUGGGUGACCAAUCAGCUUCAGGAAAACAGAUCAAGUGCUGCUGCUAUGUGGCCUGGUACCGACGUGCCCAUUCGCAAUACCACACCUUCCUAUUUCAUGAAUUACAACCCCUCAGUGUCAUUUGAGGAGAGACUCAGUAACGUCUCCACGUGGCUGAGCAAUUCGAACCCACCGGUCACCUUUGCAACACUCUAUUGGGAAGAACCAGACGCAAGUGGCCACAAAUAUGGCCCUGAAGAUAAAGAAAACAUGCGCCGAGUGUUGAAAGAAAUAGAUGACCAUAUCGGUGAGCUAGUUCACAAACUCAAGGUGUUAGGACUGUGGGAAGAUCUUAAUGUGAUCAUUACAAGUGAUCAUGGGAUGACGCAGUGUUCUAAGGACAGGCUGAUAAACUUGGAUCACUGCAUCGACCCCUCAGACUACACUCUUAUAGACUUGACCCCAGUUGCUGCAAUACUUCCCAAAAUAAACAGAACAAAGGUUUAUAACAAACUGAAAACCUGUGACCCUCACAUGAAUGUUUAUCUCAAAGAAGACAUUCCUGCCAGGUUUCAUUACCAACAUAAUGAUCGAAUUCAACCUAUUAUUUUGGUUGCUGAUGAAGGCUGGACAAUUGUGCUAAAUAAAUCAUCACCAAAAUUAGGUGACCAUGGUUAUGAUAAUUCUUUGCCUAGUAUGAAUCCAUUUCUAGCUGCCCACGGUCCUGCAUUUCACAAAGGCUACCAACACAGCACCAUUAACAUUGUGGAUAUUUAUCCAAUGAUGUGCCACAUCCUGGGAUUAAAGCCACAGCCCAAUAAUGGAACCUUUGGUCAUACUAAGUGUUUGUUAGUGGACCAGUGGUGCAUUAAUCUCCCAGAAGCCAUAGGAAUUGUUAUCGGUGCGCUCUUGGUCUUAACCACUCUGACCUGCCUCAUCAUAAUCAUGCAGAAUAGACUCUCUGGACCCCGGCCAUUUUCCCGACUUCAGCUACAAGAUGAUGAUGAUGAUCCUUUAAUUGGGUGACAUGUGCUGGGGUUUAUACAAAGUGGCUGUGAUUAGGACACACCCAAGGAAUGGUGUUACAACUAUGAAAAAGUAUGCUUUGAAAGACAAAGAACUUAGACCAAGCAUGCUACAAUUAUUUUGUUUUUCCUUGUGUUUUGUUUUGCAGCAUUAGCUAAUACAAAAAACUCUGACCAUAGAAAAAAUUGCUAGUAAAUCAUUAGUUA